GGGGCACCCUUCAGGAGGCUACCCAGUGCCUGAAACAGCCCUGGGGGGCAAUAGGGGGGACAACACCCCAAGCCUCAGGCUGGGUGGGAUGAAUCCCAAUAUGCGACCAUCGAGGGGCAGGACCAGUAACCACUCACUUCCUGCUUGAUAAGCCAGUAUAGAGGAAAGUCCGUGCCAUCUCCAGCUCUGCCCCCUCCUGCCAUGACUGGAUCCACCAAGAACGCUCCCUGGUGCUACCAGGUGCCUGAGAUCCAGAAACAUGAGGGAAACGUCGGGGUCUGUCGGAUGAGCUGGGCCCUCUAGUGGGUGCGGUGGUGGGAUCCGGGACCUCUGGGGUGGCCGGGCGCAAAGCGCCCGAAGAUGCACCAACCCAACGGGGACUGGGAAUCCAGGCCUGGCUGGGCUGGAACCUAUGGAACACCUUCAGGCAGGCCCCAGAGAGACGAAAGCUUGUGCGCAUGCGCCUGGAUGCCGGCCUGCUCGCGCACGCGCGCUCUUGUCCCCGCCCAUCGUUCCGGGUGCCGGUGGGGCGUGUGACGUCAGACCAUUUCUUCCGGAAACGGCGGCGACGGCAGAAAGAACCGAGGAGCUAUCGUUAGUGGGUGCGCCUGAGAGCCGAGUGAGAGGAGCGUAACCCGGAAGCGGAAGCGGAUUCCCGUCCCAGCUUCGGCUUCACACUUGUCACAGGCCCACUGGUGGGCUCCUGCUACCAUGGAUUUGUUGUUUGGGCGCCGGAAGACACCAGAGGAGUUGCUGAGGCAGAACCAGCGAGCCCUGAACCGUGCCAUGCGAGAGUUGGACCGUGAGCGACAGAAGCUAGAGACCCAGGAGAAGAAAGUCAUCGCAGACAUCAAGAAGAUGGCCAAGCAGGGCCAGAUGGAUGCUGUGCGUAUCAUGGCAAAAGACCUGGUGCGCACUCGGCGUUAUGUGCGCAAAUUUGUGUUGAUGCGGGCCAACAUCCAGGCUGUGUCCCUGAAGAUCCAGACACUGAAGUCUAACAACUCGAUGGCGCAGGCUAUGAAAGGGGUCACCAAAGCCAUGGGCACCAUGAACAGACAGCUGAAGUUGCCUCAGAUCCAGAAGAUCAUGAUGGAAUUUGAGCGGCAGGCCGAGAUCAUGGACAUGAAGGAGGAGAUGAUGAACGAUGCCAUUGAUGAUGCCAUGGGUGAUGAGGAAGAUGAAGAAGAAAGUGACGCUGUUGUGUCCCAGGUCCUGGAUGAGCUGGGAUUGAGCCUGACAGACGAGCUGUCAAACCUCCCCUCCACCGGAGGCUCACUCAGUGUGGCUGCCAGUGGGAAGAAAGCAGAGGCAGCAGCUUCAGCCCUAGUAGAUGCAGACGCAGACCUGGAGGAGCGGCUCAAGAAUCUGCGGAGGGACUGAUUGCCCUAUACCACCCUGGGUGGGAGGUGGGCAGUGGAUGCCCAGCAGUUUCACUGUACUUCUUCUGUAAUAAACGAUUGGACAAUGGUU